UUCCGGAAGCGCUCGUGGCGCGCUGACGUCAGUGAGGAAGGCGUUGCGGUCCUCGCGAGCUACAGAACGAGCGAAGGGAAUCAAGAUGGCGGACCUCGAAGACGUUACGCUGGACGGGAGGCCGCUCCAUUCGCUCCGGGUGGCGGAUUUGAAAGCGGCAUUGGAAGAGAGAGGGCUUCCGAAAAGCGGACAGAAGAAUGCACUCAUCAAGAGGCUCAAAGGGGCUCUCAUGUUGGAGAACCUUCAGAAAACCUCCACUCAUCACAUUGGCCUGCAGCCUAACUCCCGGAUUGGCGAGGAAAUGAGUCAGAACAGCUUCAUUAAACAGUACCUGGCCAAACAGCAAGAGCUUCUCAGGCAGCGCUUGGAGAGAGAAGCACGAGAGGCAGCUGAAACAGAUGGAACAGACCAUGAAGACCACACAGAGGCCAAUGACAGUAUUUGUGCUGCCCCUAACCAGGAUGUUGCUCCCUCCUUAGUUGACCAACACAAAGGAGGUACAGUAGUGGCUGGGGGAUUUGGGGUGACUGGGAGUGAGAGUGAUGAGCUUGCAGAAAAAGAAACCCCUGGGCAGCCAUCCCCCCUCGCACCUGCCCAGCCUGGCGCAAUAGCUUCUUUAUCUGUGCGGGUUGUUGGUGAAAGAGGACCAACUUCAAGCCAUGAACCGGCUGAGAGUGAUGAUGACAGUGAAGGCGGGGAUGACAAUGAUGACGAUGAGGAGGAGUGGAACGCCAAUGCUCAACGGAGUCGUCGAGCACAGCCUCCAAAAAGCCAACCGGUGAGGGAAAGAUCUGGUAGCUCUCAGCAACAGCAGCAGCCACCCCCCCAACACAUACCUUUACUUUCACAGCAGCUCAGACAGCCCACUCCUCCUCCAUCCCCUCCUCCUGAACUCUCUUUUCCACUCCCAGACACACCUAAACAGAGCCCACCUAGUCCUGGAGAGCCCCCGUCUAGGCAGCGCAUAUCUAGUUCUUCGAGCUCUGGUAGUUCAAGUAGUGACAGUCGUAGCAGUAGCCCUGAACCAGCAGGCGACGCCACAGAACGCAGACCAGGCCCACUGACCUUACUGGCACGCAAGAUGGCGUCUGAGGGAGCUUUCUCUGGUGCAGGAAAGCGUGAUAGGGAGGGAAUGGACGGACAGAGAAGCCACCAUGAGGGGGUUGUGUCUGCAAUUACGCACACAGCUAAUGCAGCUUCAGUUUUGUCAUACCCUAGUUCAGUGAUCUCAAACCAAGGUAUUGGUGUCGUUAGGACAGCGAUGGUGGAAGAGAGUGAUGGCAUGAAGCAGGAUGAUCUUUUAUGGGAGCAAGAAAACAAAAAGAGGGAAAGACAACGAGAACAAGAGAGGCUGAAAGCCCUAGAAAAGGAGAAGGCAUUGGAAAAAGAGCGAGCACGAGUUUUGGAGCGGGAAAGACAGGAGCAAGAAGAAGCUCUGAAACGGGAGAGGGCUUUACAGCGAGAAAGGGAAGAGAAAGAAAAUGCCUUACAGCAGGAGAGGGAAGAGAAAGAGAAGCUUGAAAGAGAACAAGCGUUGGAAAGAGAGCGAGUACGAUUCGAGAGAGAACAAGCUCUGGAACGAGAGAGGCAAGAAAAGGAGAGACUGGAGAGAGAGAGGCAGGAAGUUUUAGAGCGGGAGAGAUUGGAGCGAGAGAGGCUGGAGAAAGAAAGACAAGAACGAGAACAAGCCUUAGAGAGGGAGAGACUCGAGAAAGAAAGACUUGAGAAAGAAAGACAAGAACGAGAACAAGCUCUAGAGAGGGAGAGAUUGGAGAGAGAGCGACUUGAGAAGGAAAGACUAGAACGACAACAAGCUUUAGAGAGGGAGCGAUUGGAAAGAGAGCGGCUUGAGAAGGAAAGACUAGAAAGAGAACAAGCUCUAGAGAGGGAGAGAUUGGAAAGAGAGCGGCUUGAAAAGGAAAGACAAGAACGAGAACAAGCUCUAGAGAGGGAGCGAUUGGAGAGAGAGCGGCUUGAGAAGGAAAGACUAGAAAGAGAACAAGCUCUAGAGAGGGAGAGAUUGGAAAGAGAGCGGCUUGAAAAGAAAAGACAAGAACGACAACAAGCUUCAGAGAGGGAGCGAUUGGAAAGAGAGCGGCUUGAGAAGGAAAGACAAGAACGAGAACAAGCUUUAGAGAGGGAGAGAUUGGAAAGAGAGCAGCUUGAGAAGGAAAGGCAGGAACGAGAGAGGCAGAAAAAAGAACAAGCUCUAGAGAGGGAGAGGCUGGAAAGAGAAGCUGCUUUGGAGAAUGAGAGACAAGAAAUGGAGAGGGCCAAAGAACAGGAAAGGCUGGAGAAAGAGAGGGCUUUGGAAAGAGAAAGACAUGAAAGAGAAGCUGCUCUGGAACGCAAGAGGCAAGAGCGAGAAAUAAUUGAGAAAAAGAAAGCUUUGGAAGAAGAACGGUUGCAGAAAGAACAAGCUCUUGAGCUUGAGAGAGAAGCACAUAGGAAAGCAGAGGAGGAGCGAGAGCGAGCUUUGGAAAAAGAGAGAGAGGAGCAGGAGAGGGCUUUAAAAGAAGAGCAGCAGAGAGCUUUGGAGGAAAGGGAAAGACUUUUGGAGCAAAAAAGAGUCCAGGAGGAAAAAGAAAAGGCUUCGAAACCUGAAAAAGAGGAGGAACGUGAGAAAGAAAGAGAAAGUCGUCUUCCUCUGUGGAAGCGUGGUCGUGAUAUCGGUGGUCUCUCCUAUCCUCAUGCUGCUUCUCUGGAAAGUCCAACGGAGAAGCCCGACGAGAGUGAGACCGGUGAACCUCAGAGCACUGGCAAAGAUGCUCGAUCUACAGAGCCUGUCCCACAGCAGUCACCCAUAGCUGCUACAAAACCGUCUCCUCAAUCUUCUUCUAAGAAGUCCCGCUUCCUUAGAGAUGCCCCUCUGACAACUCCUCUCCCAUCCUCUCCAACUUCUGUGCUGAAGAGACCUCGUACUUUCUCAGAUAGCCCGAUGCCACAAGCCCCGUCAAUUCCAUUAACAUCUAAGCCUGAGGAAAAAGAUGCCGCUCAGGUUCAUCAAACAUCAGUCUUUGUUUCAGCACCUCAUGAGCUUGAGAGCAAAACCCCCAAGAUGUCUGCCCAACAACAUGCACCACAAGAGGAAGCGAAGAUGGAGACGUCAGAGGAUAGUGAGGCAAGCAAAGACACUAAACAUAAGACUCUCAGAAGAGUUGAGGAUGAGGAGAAAUCUCCUUUACCUCCUCCAGAGGAGAAGAAAAGAGGUAGGGAAAGGGAAAAGAAAGAGGUGGAGAAGAAAAAAAGAAAGUCAUCAUCCUCUAGCGAUUCCUCCUCAUCCGACUCAGAUUCUGGGUCUUCAUCCUCCUCACGCUCCUCCAGUUCAUCAUCAUCAGAGGAGGAGGAGAAAAGUCAUUCCACUUCAGAUGGUAGGAAGUCUAAAGAGGUCCAGAAAGAUUCUUCAUCUCAGCCCACGGAAAAAGUUGGUCAAACUGUGGCUGAAAAGCCUCCAACCGCCCAACGCAAAAAACGAGUCUUCAUAGAGCAGGAAGAAAAAGACAUGGGCAAUGAGGAUGUCAUCCAAACCAAGAAACCCUGCCUUGAACUACAAGAUGAGAAGGAAACAAGGGGAAGAAAUGACGAUAUUGACGAAGAUGACACUAACAAAGACACUACCAGUGAGGUGAAGGAGGCUGUCAUGGCGGAGCCUGAGAAGGUUCCAGAGAGCAGUGAGGAGAGCACCACGCCAAAGACCUUCUCGGCCCGAAGGAUUUCUCUCGGCAGCAGCAAACAGUCUCCUGGGGUGGUGAGUUCUGAGGGAGAAGCGGAGGCCGCAAGCAGUGCUGGCGCUGGCAGGAAAAGAAGAUGGGGCUCCAGUACAGCUGUCACUGCCAAGAAACCCUCCAUCAGUAUCACCACAGACUCUUUGAAGUCUUUAAUACCUGACAUCAAGCCUGCUUUGGGUCAGGAGGCUGUGUUAGACUUGCAUCCGGAGGAGAUGCAUCUCUCUGGGGAGGAGGAAGGAGGAGAAAGGGGUGACCAAGACCUGAAAAUUAGGCGAACUGUAACACAGGUUGUGCCCUCUAACACACAAGAGAAUGGACAGAAAGAAUCUAAAAGAAGUGAACAUGAGGAUGAGGCAGAAAGAAGUGAAGGGCAGGAUACACUUAGCCAGGAGGAAAAGAUGGAAAGCUCCAUUCAGGUUUCCAUGGAGACGGCGCCGUCGUCCCCUGGGCGAGACGUUGAAAUGAAGACAGUCACUCCCAGUGACACACUGAUUCGGCGUUCCAUUAGCCAGCAGAAGUCGGGUGUGAGUAUCACCAUCGAUGACCCAGUCCGCACAGCCAAACAACCCUCUCCUCCUCGUGGAAAGCUGUCUAACAUUGUCCAUGUCU